ACUCAAAGGGCACCCGAGUAUCGGGACCGUUUGCCAGUCCGUUCACUUCAUCAACGUCAUGGAUGCGCUGCAUCAUCACUUUGUGGGCCUAGCCGCCGUCACCGUGGCCGCCGUCCUGGAGCAAGCGUACUUCUCCCUGCAGGUGAUUAGCGCCCGGAGGAAGUUUGGCGUUUCCCCCCCGUGUACGAGUGGACACCCCCAAUUUGAGAGAGUCUUCAGGGCUCAAGUGAAUUGCUCAGAAUAUUUCCCCCUCUUCAUCGCCAUCUUGUGGACGUCCGGUGUCUUCUUCAGCUCAGGAGCGUCUUGCGUGUGCGGCGUGGCGUACGUGUUGGCACGUCUGCUUUACUUUCAAGGUUAUGCCGAGUCGCCGCAACAACGUUUGCGUGCGCUCUACGUGAGCGCGGGGCUCCUCUGGCUGCUCAUCGGCUUCUCCUGCGUCGGUGUCUUGGCGUCCUUCUGGCGACUUGCCGUCCAUCACUUCCUCAACUCGGCUGUCUAAUCAGCCCUGUCUCAACCUCAGCGACCAAUA